GCAUCAGGCGGCGAGGCCGAGGCGCGUUCACCCGUUCACGCCACUCGUCAAGAGAGGUGGCUGCUUGGGCUACAGAACAUUUCUGCCCAGCCAACAAGUUUAUUGUGUGGUCCACAGAAGCUGCACUCUAUUCUGUGGUCUGAACCAAAGAAUAGUCACUGCGUUGAAACUUCUUGCACAGCGCGUCUUCGCGACGGAAGCAUGGCUUCGCUGUUCAAAAACAAGCGAUCCACGCUUGAGAGGGCGGAGAAAUUCGUCAGUCCGGUGUAUUUCACGGAUGUCAAUCUCUACGGUAUGGUCUACCCAGAAGUUAAGGACUUGACCAGCCUGUCCGUGUGGUCGACACCCGAUCGCGUGUCGUUUGAUGAAGCAUCUAAGCGACCAGACUACGUCAACGCCUGUGUCGGUGCUCAAUUCGGACCGACGUGGACAACCUGCUGGUUUAAGAUUGUCAUCGACAUUCCAAACAAGUGGUGUGGUAAAGAAGUCCACCUACGAUGGGACUCCGAGAGCGAAGCACUCCUUUUCACAACAGACGGAAAACCCCUUCAAGGGCUCUCAGGUGGAGUGAGUCAUCAGGAACGGCACACCUUCACAAUCACACCAUCAGCAAGUGUUUCAUGCCUGCACUAUGAGUUCUUCAUAGAGAUGGCUUGCAAUCACCUUUUUGGUGCUGGCAGUCCCACUAUGAUCAGUGCACCUGAUCCCAAGAAAAUGUUCACACUGAAGAAAGCAGACAUUGCUGUUUAUGACAAAGAAGUGGAUGCCCUAGUCACUGAUCUGCAGCUCUUGGCUGAGAUGGCGAGGGAGUUGCCCAAGGAUGGCAUUCGUUCCUACGAGGCAAUGUAUGCUGCCAAUGCGAUGGUUAAUGCCAUCGACAUCAGCGACAGGAGUUCACUAAAGGCAGCCAAGGAAAUAGCUGACCGGUUUUUCGGGCAACGCAACGGAGAGAGCCAGCACACCAUAGCGGCCAUUGGAAACUGCCACAUUGACACAGCUUGGCUGUGGCCCUAUGCCGAGACCAGGCGAAAGUGUGCACGAAGCUUUGCGUCUGCACUUCUGCUGAUGGAGAAGUUUCCAGAAUACACCUUUGCCUGCUCACAGGCACAGCAGCUGUCUUGGGUAAAGGAAAGCUACCCAUCCUUGUUUGAGAGAAUUCAGCACUACGCCAAGAAAGGCCAGUUCAUUCCAGUGGGUGGCACGUGGGUUGAGAUGGACGGGAACUUGCCGAGUGGAGAGAGUUUUGUGCGGCAGUUCCUUUACGGACAACUUUUCUUCGAGAAAGAGUUUGGCACUCGGUGCAAGGAGUUCUGGCUUCCUGACACAUUUGGAUACUCUGCUCAGCUUCCCCAAAUCAUGAGGAUCUGUGGUGUGUCCCGAUUUCUCACUCAGAAGCUGAGCUGGAAUUUAGUGAACAAGUUUCCUCACCACAACUUCGUGUGGGAAGGCCUUGAUGGCAGCACUGUCCUGGCCCACUUUGCUCCUUCCGAAACGUACGGAGCUGAACUCCGUGUGGCUGAGGUGGUGAAGACGGUGACAAACUUGGAGGAUAAGGGGCGGGUUUCACACAGCAUUCUUCUCUUUGGUCACGGGGAUGGAGGAGGCGGCCCUACAGAGGCCAUGCUCCGCCGUCAGUCGAGGCUACAAGACGUCAGCGGGCUUCCAAAGGUCACCCUGUCCACACCAGAUGCCUUCUUCUCGAUCCUAAUCAGAGUCCGGAAACUCUGCCACUGGGCAGGCGAUUUUUUGGAGCUUCAUAAUGCCACAUACACUACUACCCACGCACGUACCAAGCAGCUAAACCGCAUGUGUGAACAGGCGCUGAGAGAUGCAGAGAUGAUCUGUUCUGUGGCGUUUGCGCUAGCACCAGACGUAGCGCCCUACCCUGGUCAAGAAUUUGAAGACUGCUGGAAGGACGUACUCCUAAACCAGUUCCAUGAUGUCCUCCCGGGAACCUGCAUAGCCCAGGCUGCAGAAGAUGCCCAAAGAAUCAACACUCGAGUGCUCAACCGCGUGAGGCAGUUAAGCGAUGGAGCUCUGGAGAAGCUGUUUGGGACAUGUGAUGACUACAACAGCGGCGACCUGGUGUUUGUCAACACUUUGCCAUGGAGUCGGUCAGAAAUUGUCUCCGUGCCCUGGAACCGGGAAGAACUAUCCAAGCGCUGCUGGAUUGAAGGAGUGGAUGACAACGCUAUGCAGAAGACAGAAUGCGGCACGCUGGUUUCGAUUGUAGCUCCAUCUGCCGGCUACAAAGUUCUUCGAGGGAUUUCUUCUCACAAGGUGUCGGUGCUGGCUGUGGAAACUGCUCCUGGCGUGAUUCGACUGCGCAACCAGUUCGUGGAGGCCAAGCUGAACUACAUCUGCGAGGUGUCCUCGCUGAAGAUCCUGGGUGGUUCCAAGGAGCUCGUGGCUGCAGACAAACUAGCAAACGUGUUUGUCAUGUUCGAUGACAUUCCGCUGUAUUGGGAUGCCUGGGACGUGAUGGACUAUCACCUUGAGACGCGAAGGCCAGCGGUCAAGCAGGUGCGCUUUGACUGA